GAGCUGAAGGAGAGUUUCAACUACGGCCUUUUUUGCCCCCCAGAAAAUGGAAGAGCCGGAAAGUUCCUGGACGAAGAAAGGAGGUUGGGGGACUAUCCUUUCAACGGACCUAUCGGCAACUUAGAGUUGAAGUACAAGAAAAGGGUCUACAAGAUGAUGACGUUAGAUGAGAAACAGUUGAAGAGUCUUCACACGAGGGCAAAUCUGAGACGUUUUCUCGACUUCGUGCAUAACGGCCAAGUGGAAAAAAUAUCGAAAAUGUGUGGCAAGGGUCUAGAUCCGAACUUUCACUGCCAAGAAACUGGUGAAACUCCCCUGACGAUCGCCACCGGUAUCAAGAACCCCGCCAAAACCCUGAUGAGCCUUGUCAACGGCGGCGCCCUGCUGGACUACCGGAAACGAGACGGCUCGACCGCCCUGCACCUUGCGGUCGAGCACAAGAGCAUCGAGGCGCUCAGGACGCUGCUGGAAUUGGGGGCGUCGCCGAAUUACAGGGACAACAAGGGGCUGACGCCGCUUUACUACACGAUGACCUUGAACGUGGACGCGGCCUUCGCGGAGACGCUGCUGCACGACCACGCGACUACUGGGGCUCAGGACGCUCAGGGAUGGCAGGAGGUGCAUCAGGCAUGCAAAAACGGUUUGCUGUCCCACCUCGAACACCUCCUUUUCUACGGCGCAGACAUGAACGCACGCAACGCUUCGGGCAACACCCCCCUCCACGUCUGCGCGGUGAACGGUCAAGAAGCCUGCGCAAGACAAUUGCUGUUCCGCGGCGCAGACCCUCAUGCGCUCAACUUCGCCAAUCAGACGCCUUGUCAGGUGGCGGUGAUCGCCGGCGAUAUGGAACUGGCCGAGUUGAUACAGAACUACCGGCAGGAGGAUGUCGUCCCCUACCGCGACCCGCCCGCCUAUAACUCGAAGCGGCGCUCCUGGCUGUCGCGGGCGCCACAGCCGCCCAACCUGCCGCCCAGCCCCUGUCCCAGCGACAGGUCGUCGGCGGCGGCGUGCUUCAGCUCGGCCAGCUCCAGCCUCAGCGAGGGCAGCGGCCGGCACCAAGACACGGACACUGCCAGCAUCGUGACAGUGUUCGCACUGGGCGUUGCAGAUAAGAGUCUCGGCGACACCAGCGACAUCAUCAGCGACAGCUCGGGCGUGGGCACGGCCAACUCGGAUACCACCACCAAUUGCACGCUGUGGAUGCCGGGAAGCACCGUGGUGUGCGUGGAGGCGUACUCCUCCAAGGAGGAGGGGCAUAUCAGCAUCAGGGAAGGAGAUAUCAUUGAAGUUACCGCCGCCACCGACGACGGCUUCUUGGAGGGCAAGGUGAGAAGCGGCAACAGGGCGGCGGGGUACUUCCCGGCCGCCUGCGUUCAGGAGGUGCGCCUGCGCCACCACAACAUCCCGACGCCGAUGAUCGUGGCCAAGGACCCUCGGCCGCCCAGCCAGACUGCCCACAGGGUUCUGGGCAGGCGGGAGAGCACCUCCAAGCAUUUCGCCACGGCGCCUCGCGCCAAAAAACUGUAUUCCAACGUCCCCGCCGAGCCGCGCACCGUGGUCCUCCACAAGGGCAAAAAGGGCUUCGGCUUCAUCCUGCGCGGGGCCAAAGCGACCUCGCCCCUCAUGGAACUCACGCCGUCGGAGAAGUGCCCCGCGCUGCAGUACCUCGACGACGUCGAUCCCGGCGGCGUUGCCGACGUGGCGGGCAUGCGCAAAGGGGAUUUCCUCUUGGAGAUCAACGGCGAGGACGUGGCAUCGGCGUCGCACGAGCACGUGGUCGACCUGAUCAGGCGGUCGGGGGAUUUGGUGCAGAUGACGGUGAUGACGCUGGGGCCGCCCGCAGUUAUUGCUUCAGGUAUACACGCUAGCAGGUCGGGCACCCUGGCGGGCAAGCAGGACACUCCGUUGGGCAGACAGUUCGCGACGUUGCCGAGGAAGAUGGGGGACGGCGCGGCAGGGAGAGCGCAAGCGCCUGCCCCGCCCAGACGGGAUCCCAAGACGACGCUCAGCGUGGGCAGGGCGCGAGCGAAGAGUAUGGUGGCCGUAUUAGGAGGAGAAAACGAAGAGACUGACGACCCGCCGACUUCCACCUCGGCUGAGUCGAUCCACCAAGCUUGCCCUGCGGGCGGCCCAGCGCAUACCCAGCCGCGCACCGCUUCCAUUCGACAGCGGCCCACCUCCGCGCGGUCGCCCUUUGCGCUCGAGGAGCUGUUCCGCGCGCAGCGGGAGGCGGACGGCCGCCCCGGGUCGCUGAUGGCCAGCUCGCGGUUUCAGGAGGGGGCGGGCAAGGGCGGCUCGCCGACCAAGGGGCGGGUGUACGCGAGCGUGGCGGAGAUGAAGCGAAGCAAGAAUAAGACCACCAAAGUGAGAUUCACGGACCUAUUCUUCGGGGCCAAAACCCUUACGCGGACCUUCCACAGCACGCCCGACCUGGCCCAAGAGGCGGCCUCGCUCGGCCCUCGGACGCCGCCGUCCAAGUUCCACCGCAGCCAGGAGGACGUCAGCGGCGCGCAGGCUGCCCGCGGUCUGCCGCCGCCGACGUGCCCGCCGCCGCCCAUACCGCCGCAGGUGCAGCUGGUGAGGGUGGACGUGUCCAGGGGCAGGCGGGCGGAGGGCGGUGGGGGGGAGAGGGAGCUCGGGGAGGAAGGAGUUGUGUCGUCGUUCAAUCCAACAUCUAGUGCCAAAUUGUACGCAUCUCCCGACGACAUGAAAGCCGUUGGUUACAGAUCCAAGAGCUUACCCUCACACUCAGCGAGGUCUCAGCUAAGGAAGUCUCAGAGUAUGAGGACGAAUUUGUUGCUCAAACCUGGCGAGGUUGCCAAUAAUCCUGCUAAAAUUCCAAAUGACCAGCAGGCUAAUCCGUAUGCUCAACCGAUUCGCGCAUCUAGGUCUAAUUCUACUGGAUCGAAGGAACGAAGAAAAAAGAUGGUAACAAGUAAAUCAACACCAAAACUUUCUCAGCCUGGUGCUCCGCCGAUUCCCGAUCCAGAUUACAGUUGCACCGAUUCCGAAGCUGAAAGUGAAGAGAGUCGUAGAAAAUCAGAAUCGUUGGCUUCAAGAAUAAAUAGUUUACAGUUGCAACCAGCUGAAAAUAGUGGCAACAGUAAUGCAAGUGGUAGCAGUUCAGGAAGUAGUUCGGUGCCGCACAGUUUCAGCGUGGAAGAAAUCCAAAGAGGCAGGUCCAGACUGAAAUCUUCAAAGUCCUACCCGGACAAUCUCUUGAAGAAGCAAAAGGAGUCCGAUGCAGUUCUCGAAGAUGGCGAUAAUAGUUCCUCUGGUGUGAGCUCUGAUCAGGAAAUCACCACGUGUACUAGUUUGGAGUAUAAUGAGGGAAUAAGUGCUGAGAGUAAUAACCUGGCACUGCAGUCAACAAAACCACAACGUCCUCAAAAUAUAGGUCUGCUCAAACGUCAUGCAGUGUCCUUAGCCCAACUCCCGCCCCCUAUCGAAAACGAAAACGACGAGAAAGACGAGUUCUGCCUGCCCCCUCCCCCCGAAUUCGGAGAGAACCGAAAUUCGGCGAACUUUGGCGAAGUAGUGGUGGCUCCUCCGCCGCAAUUCAGCGACAACCGGCAAGUGACGAGAGUAAGAAUAGUCGGGGCGGUGCCUAAGGGCAACCCCUCCGCCAAAUCUCAACCGAAACUGAAGCACGGUAGACUACACAGUCAGUGA